CGCCUACUCUUUAAGAGGAGGCUUUCCCCCCAGUCUGAUAUCAGUCUCACCUGGGACAGCUGGUGACACGGACGUGAUCUCUCCUUAUCCGGUGAACUCUAAGCUACAGCUAUGGCUCGUCUGGAACAGGUCAUCACAAAUAUUGUGGAUAUAUUUCUGGAGUAUGCUGAUGAUGAAGGCAAGAAACGCAAAUUAAACAAGGAUGAGUUCAAGAUGGUGUUGGAGAAAGAAAUACAAAGCGCUGAGUUAAAAGGGAAAAUCAAUGCUAAUGACAUUGAGGAGGCCAUGGAGAUGCUGGAUAAGAACCACGAUGGCGAGGUCAACUUCAAAGAGUUCUGUAGGUGUGUCUCUGUCCUGGCCAAAUGUUACUACGACAGCAAGACAGGCAAAGGUGGCAAGAAAGGCAAGGGCAAGGAAGGUGAACAAGAAGCCUAAAGAUCAACUGCAAACACUUAAAGUGUUUGUACAACCAUAAUGUAUUUAAAAAUAUUUUAUACAUAUUGCAUGUACGUACAGUAUAUAUCAUAUCUGAGACUGCAUACUUUGACAACAGAUGCUACUGGCAACAGGAUAUUUGCAUAUCCGUUAUGAAGCUCAAGCUGUGUUUUAAACAAGCAUGCAAAAUGAGGUUUUUCUUUGUCUUUGUUUUCUGUAUUUUGGUUUACAAAGACGUCUCCAUUCAAUAGUGGUGUUAAAUUAAUAAAAACUACAAAGUUUGA